AUGGCACCUCUCAACCAGCUGGGGAGCCACAUCAACACGACCUGUGCAGCAGAGAACUCCACAGGGGCCGGCCGGGCCCGCCCACACGCCUACUAUGCCCUCUCCUACUGCGCACUCAUCCUGGCCAUCGUCUUUGGCAAUGGUCUGGUGUGUGUAGCUGUGCUGAAGGAACGCGCCCUGCAGACCACCACCAACUAUCUGGUGGUGAGCCUGGCUGUAGCGGACCUGCUGGUGGCCACCCUGGUAAUGCCCUGGGUGGUGUACCUGGAGGUGACAGGUGGGGUCUGGAACUUCAGCCGAGUUUGCUGCAAUGUUUUCGUCACUCUGGAUGUCAUGAUGUGCACAGCCAGCAUCCUGAACCUGUGUGCCAUCAGCAUCGACAGGUACACUGCUGUGGUCAUGCCAGUUCACUACCAGCAAGGCACAGGACAGAGCUCCUGUCGACGUGUGGCCCUCAUGAUCACAGCUGUCUGGGUGCUGUCCUUUGCUGUGUCUUGCCCUCUCCUCUUUGGCUUCAACACCACAGGAGACCCCAGCAUCUGCUCCAUCUCCAACCCUGACUUUGUCCUCUACUCUUCAGUGGUGUCCUUCUACCUGCCCUUCGGAGUGACUGUCCUCGUCUAUGCCAGGAUCUACGUGGUGUUGAGACAGAGGAGACGGAAGCGGAUCCUCACUCGACAGAAUAGUCAGUGCCUCAGUGUCAGACCCGGCUUCCCCCAACAGGAGCAUUCAGAAGAUAAACAAUAUCCCCAGAACUGUCAGGACCCACUCUUGUUACAUCUACAGCCCCUCUCCCCUGGCCAGACACACGUGGAGCUGAAACGCUACUACAGCAUCUGCCAAGACACUGCCUUGGGAACACCAGGAUUCCAAGAAGGGGAGGGAGACUUGAAAAGGGGAGGGAGGACUCAAAACUCUCUCAGCCCUACCAUGGCACCUAAACUCAGCCUAGAAGUUCGAAAACUCAGCAAUGGCAGGUUAUCAACAUCCCUGAGGCUGGGGCCCCUGCAACCUCGGGCAGUGCCUCUGCGGGAGAAGAAGGCAACCCAGAUGCUGGUCAUUGUGCUUGGGACCUUCAUUGUCUGCUGGCUGCCCUUCUUCUUGACCCAUGUUCUCAAUACCCACUGCAGAGCAUGCCACGUGUCCCCACAGCUCUACAGUGCCACCACAUGGCUGGGCUAUGUGAAUAGUGCCCUCAACCCCGUGAUCUAUACCACCUUCAACAUGGAGUUCCGGAAAGCCUUCCUCAAGAUACUGUCCUGCUGA